CGCCGAGCCUGGAUUAGACGCAAAUGUGCCGCGUUCUGGUAUGUAUACUCCUGCUUGUCGUUCCCACGCUCCCUUCGUCUUAGGCCGUUGAUGGUCUUGUUUGCGAGUCGCGUCACCCAUGUCAUCCAUCUCCUCAAUUCUGCAUCUUCGCGCUGGGCGCAAUGGCUUGUUGCGACGACGUCUUUGAUAACAUUACGUUGCUGACCGCGUCUCCAGCCGACUCGCGCACUGUAAACACAUCUUCAGCCUAUCACAGGUUUCCAUAAAAGCUGUAUACCUAUUCCUACACAAUGCCGACUCCCGUCUCUGCGCAAGGUCCCUCUCAGCCUCCGCCACAGGACGCGCCCAUUCAUAAUGGAUCCGCCCUAGAGAGCUCCAACAUCUCUUCAUCUAUCACGGACAAUUCUUCAUCUCAAAGCGAGCAGCGAGAUGCAAUAUGGGCAGGGAAAGAGAAAGCCAAAGCUGUGAUGGAGGCAUCGGGAGUCAAUGUCGCGUCUCAACCAAGCGUAAUAUCACCGCCUCACACGCGUCGAGAUGAAUCACCCGGCGAUGGCGCGCCAAUGGCGAACGGUAGCUCAUCGAGAAAGCGUUCAAGAUCAGGAUCGCGAAUUCCAUCAAAGCAUACAGAGAAAGAUAAAGAGCCCUCAUUGCAGGAAUACCUUUUACACCAGUAUAUCGAACGCGACUCUUUACAUGCGGCGGCGAUGAACGACCAAGCAGAGAUUAGCAGGAAUCGUAUGUUCUUUAAGCGAGCUGAGAGGGAAUACUAUCUUGGCACGAUGAGAAAGCAAAAGUUUGAAGACCCUGGUUCUGUCUUUGGCUAUGGUUACCUUGGAUAUGGCAAUGGUCUGACAGAGCAGCGGCCUGCAAGACUCGAAUAUCCUGAAAAGAAAAAAAGGCCUGGAUCUCGGAGAGCGAGGGCCAUGCAUAUAUCGAGGAAAGACAAGGAACAACAAGCGGAGCAGUUGGAGGAGCUGGUACCUAUACGCUUGGAUAUUGAUUUCGACAACAAGAUAAGGCUGCGCGACACGUUCACUUGGAACCUCCACGACCGAAUAACGCGCCCUGAAGUCUUUGCGGAGAAUUUGGUCGAAGAUUUUAGAGUUCCUCGCGAAUUGGCUCUUCCUGUUGCGCAAAGAGUUCUCUUCGAGAUGACUGAACAGAUUCAAGAUUUUUAUCCCCAUAUAUACAUUGAUGAGGACGCCCUGGAUCCGCACCUACCUUACCACGCAUACAAAAACGAUGAGAUGCGCAUUCUAAUAAAACUAAAUAUAACGAUCGGCCAGCAUACACUUAUGGAUCAGUUUGAGUGGGAGUUAAACAACCCAUCGAAUUCACCGGAGGAGUUUGCAAGUCUGACAGCUCGAGAACUGUCACUCUCCGGGGAAUUUGCAACAGCGAUUGCGCACUCCAUCAGAGAACAAUGCCAGAUCUACACGAAGAGCCUUUACAUCACCGGACAUCCUUUCGACGGAAGGCCUAUCGAGGAUGCAGAUGUUCGUGACGCGCUUCUCCCGUCACCUCUCCCUUCCGUCUUUCGCCUUUCGGUACAUGCUAAAGACUACACCCCAUAUCUUUACGAACUGAAUGAGACGGAGCUAGAGCGGACCGAGCAUUCGAUGCUGAGAGAACAACGGAGGCAGAAACGAUCUGUUAAUCGUCGCGGAGGACCUGUUCUGCCCGACCUCAAGGAUAGGCAGCGCACAGUCCGAACCUUGAUCGUAUCCUCUGUAUUACCAGGAGCGGCAGAAAACCUUGACGGGAGUCGGCUGUACAAGGUUGUUCGGUCAUCAGGACGCAAACGAGUUACUGGUCGAUUAGACGGCGGUGAUGAUUCAGACGAGAGUGAAGAGUCUGAUUCUGCCCCCGAAUCACCUGCUCCUUCGCAGCUGGUUGGUGGUACUGCCCGUACAAGAGGCAUGAGAGGCGCUGCAUCUGCAGCGCAGGCGGCCAUGCGAGCCAACCUAGGCCGAUCUGCAACCCCCGAAAUUGCCACUCUACACCACCAUGAGACGCGCACUUCAAGGCGUUCCGGUCUUCCUGAGCGAGAAGAAAGCAUAGCAGAGACUCUUGUAGUCAAGCUUCAUAUUGGCAGAGAAGCUAUGCGAAGCCUUCAGCAAGGGAAAAGAAUCCAUACAGCGUCAGCAAGCACGCCUCGUAUGCCGCAAAGAGCGUCAUCCCAACGUAGUACACCUGCUGCAUCUGGAAUGUUACCUCCACCGUCGCCUGCCAUGAAACAACAACCUUCACCUCAGCAGCGAGGGGCCGACGACUCCAAUAACAACCCGCCGUCGCAAAGUGUCCAGUAUUCUGCUGAUGGUCGGGUAGAGGCCCCGUAUCCUCUACCUGCUAACUAUACACCACCUCCACCUCCACCAUGGCUAGUGUCGUCACUCCGAGCUCUUCAAAGUAGGUAUAAGGAAGAUUCUUUUGAAGCCACUAUGCGCUGGAGCGCUGUCGAUAAGACGACCGGAGCAUCACAAAAACUGGAAUUGGCGCAAGGUGCACCCGUACCGCCCAACAUUAAACAUCAGUUCCUUCCACGAAUACGGUGUAAUGACUGUCCAGGAAAAUUAUAUACUGCAGGUCCCGAGCUUACACUUGACAACUUUGAGAUUCAUUUGAAGAACCGAGGACAUAGAAGUAAGGUCGACGAACGCAAACGAAGGUAGCACGACGCAGGAUCGGCGCCUGGCUCUGGGCACUCAUGGGCGUCUCUGUUUACCUGUACACACAAGUUUGGUUAGGGGCGUCAUUGUGUUAAUGUAGUGUACGGAGGAUCAGCAUUGAAGGUGUUUCACUGGAAGUCGAAGUAUCCUUCUGGUCACCAGUCUAGACGAGUCAGCGAUAUUUGAUGUAUUAAGAUAAAACUAUUCUACCCAAGUCUGUCAUUGUCUGGCAGACUCGGUUCACGAUUUAACGCUCUUACUUCCAUGAUUGUUGCUACUGUUUGAUCUCUUCUGUUGCAUGGCUAACUGUCCAUGAUGCCACGCAGGUCCUGUAAUGUAGUCAACGAUAACCGACAGCGUCCCAG